AUGAUCUUGGCAAAUAUUUUUUUAGAUAGAGCAGUUGUGAAGUUCUCAGAGCAAUCCUUUGAAAAGCCUUAUGAUUACGCAAUCCUGGAGGAAACAAAGAUGACAAUUGAUGCUUUUAAGAAUUAUAUUAAAGAUGGCAGACCAAAUCCUGAACCGAAAUUUCGACCAGGAGUUCGUGAAAUGACUAUGGCUGGAUUAAAAGCUGACCUGAUUUGGGUUAACGACGUUUCCAAGUUUGAGGAUUACGUGUCGUCCUUACGUUAUGCUACAACAAACGGUGUAAUAUUUACGAAACCUGGAGUAAUUAUUGAUAAAAAUUAUGAUCCAACAAAGAGAUUGUGGUAAGAAUUGUUCAGUUAUCAAACUGGAAGUAUUAAUAGACUCAGAUUGUACAGUGGUAGUAGAUUCACAUUAUGCAGCCUGACUAAUGUAGUCUCUAAUAGAUGCAGUCUAAUUUGAUUGCUUAAAUAAUGAAACUAUUGUCGCAUUCAUCUAACCUGUGGUAUUCUUGGAGUAAAUUUUUUCUCUCUCUUAUAAGAUCCCCUUCUUCUUCUUUCUUAUAAGAUCCCCUUUUCAGUCAUCCAGUCAGUGUCACCGAUCAUGAUUAGCACGAAAUAUUUAUUAAGUCUCCAACUUUCCCAUCAAUUGUCCUUGUUCAUGUUACUGUGUUUAUGGUUGCCAUUCACAUGCAAUUAGAUAUUGCAAGUACGUAUUGCGCGCGAAUUAAAUCCCGUAAGUAUUUCGUGUCUUAAUAAAGUUAUGAUAUUUCGCACCUUGUUAGAACCACAUAAUGUUAGGUUCAGAGUGAUCAAGUCGAGGUUACUAAAAUCAUUAUCGUUGGAAAUUACUGCAAUUCAGUAUUUCAGUUUAAUUUAAUUAAAAAUGAACAAAAGACCCCAGCAAAUAAUUUUUAUACCAUGCAUAUUUUAUGAAAUUAUAUUAUCUAACAUUUCGUUAUUUUCAGUACAACAUCUUCAAAGCUUUGAAGUGGAAUUUACAUGGUUUGCUAAUUGCUAUAUAUAUUUACAAUAGAAUGGUUUUAAAUUACGAAAACGGUUAUAACAUUUAAAAUUUGAAAAAGAACAAAUGUCGUAAUUAGUUUAAUGUGACGUAGUUCGUUAGUGAUUGAAAGUUAAUGUUAUUAGAAUAACUCGAGAGGAGUAGGUCUAAUAUUAGCAUUAAGGACAGGGUUAAUUUUGGAAAUUUAUAGGCUUUGAAGUCGGACUUGGCAACUGGGUGUUUUUGGAAGUUCUUAUGAGCAAGAAUAGCAGACAUAGUUGAAGUAGCAAGAUGAUUACCAGUUAAAGCAGAAACUCCUCUAUGCUCUGAAAUACGUGUGGGAAUGUUUCGACGUGUCUCGUACCCAGAGUCAUCAGACGAGUGGCUCUGGGCCCUGGCCACGCGGGUUUGAAAACGAUCCUGAUUGGUCGAUCCAUGAGCUAUUGGACUCAUACCCCCUGUGGCAUUUACGAGCGCGGCUAAUAUUAGUGAAUACGAUAUAUUUUGCCAUAGGUAGCCCAGACACACUGUGCGAUAUAAAAUUUAAAUCCAGCUUUAAAAUAAACUGACAUUCACGUGGUUGACAAUGCACUACAGCAUUGACACUUGCACAUGUGCACAAUAAGUGAUUUCUGGGCAAAGGAAAUCUGGUCUUUGAAAGGAAAGAACUAGACAGACGACAAGGGCGGAAAACAACACAUGUGGAAAUAUGUGGAUAAGCAAUUAAGUGAGAAUUUUAGAGAGUUGUGACCGAAUUUUUAAUCCAUGAUAUCCAGUGAAAGGAGGGCAGAAAUAGAUAAUUUUUUAAGAGCAUGUGUGGACUUUGUCUUUACAGUUAUAGAUCUUAUCAAGAAAUGACUUCAUACAUCUAUCUGUAAGUGCUAUCGGAUAAUCAUUAGCAGGAAAAUUAAGUUUCUCCAUUUCGGAAUGAAAAAAUAUAUAAGAGGAACCGAUAUUAAAAUAUGGAGAUACAAGAGAGAAAAAAAGCAGAUCUUUUUGUAUAUCAUAGGGAUAAAGCUAUAAAAGUUUAAAAACUUUAACUUUAUUUUGUUUCUAGGUUUGAAAAUGCACUCAAUAAUAAAGGUAAAUUAACAUUAACAACGCCCUACCUUGAUCCAUUUGGGGCUGGAUUCUUGGUUGAUAUAGUUCACUCGUUGUACGAAGGAAAGAGUUCAAGACAACAUGAUGCAAGUGAUGAAGUUGUAGCUGUCUUAGAUGCCAGUCUUGAUUUAUUCAGAUUUUACAGGUAAGCCAUAAUAUGCAGCAAGAUACAACAGGGGUUUGAAGGUUUCUCGAACAUGGUUUUUAAAUAUGGAACAAUUAUAACGUUAGAGUAUGAGAGAGAAUAUAUAUAAAGUAAAAUAGGGAGCUAGGUAGCAGUUUCUGUUAUUUUAUUAGCAAUGCUCUGACGACGUUGAGGUUUUUGUCGGAACUACUCACGAAAGAAAAAUUAAACUUCAAUAUUCCGAGUCAAGGCCCUUAGUUUGCUGUUGAAUUGCAGACGAAAGGCCUUUGAUACGACAUAUUAAAGAUAUUUAUAUCGUUUGGAGAAUGCUACAUUACCUGUACUGGACCUCGCGUUAGGGAAAUAUAAAAAUAGAACGAGCCAACUUUCAGACAAAGGGCCUUUGCACGCAACGUCUAAGUCUUUUUUAAUAUUUUUAAAAGGUUUUUGAGGGUCAAAAUUACCUGAUUUUUAAAAUUACUUUUACGUUACCUGAAAGCACUUUUUGAAAUUUAGUGUGCUUUUUAAUUUGUACAUGCAAGUAGCAGGUGUUUCUUUCGAAAGAAUAUAAUACCACAAUGGAAUACGGGGCAAAAUCUGCUAAGGGGGCUCGGGGGAAUGCUACUCCGAGAAAAUUUUUGAAGAUUUACGCCUAUAUUCUAAAGUCUCACUCAUGUACUCAUACUCACACUCCAGUUAAACUCGAGUGAGAUGCCUUCAAGUGCGAUUGACUGAGUAUGAGUCAGGUCAGUUUGCAUUCAAAUGUGACUGACUGGAGUGUAGUAGUUCAGUACAAAACAAUCAUGAAUGCAUGCAUUCAUGUUAAUAAGAGUGUGAUCUGUCUCGGCUGUGAAGUUCCAAAGACAACGUGCAAGAUGUCACAAAGCAGGCGGCGCUUUCCGCAACUAGAAAAGUCACCACUACGGACAGAGUUAGUAGCAAAGCACAAGGAUGUCCUGGAAAGUAAAAUAAACGAUUUCAGGACAAUAUCCCAGAAAAACGUGUUGUGGGAAACGUUAUCGCAAGAAUUCAAUUUGCAGUCCGGUGUAAGUAGUGGGAAAAUUUGAAAACGCGUGCCAAAAAGGUUUUUGCUAAAGAAAAACGGGCCGCUGAAUUAACUGGUGGUGGUAUAUCCACAUCACCAGCAGACUAACAAUCAUCGGCUAUUGCUUCAAUAAUCCCUGCUCAAAUCGACAGCCUAGAAAACCCGUUUGAUGACGAUAACUACGAAUCAGGUAAGCAAAGAGUUUGAAAAGUGUAAUGUUAUAAAAGAUUACACAAUUGUCGCAUAGUAUUACCACAUGAUAGGCACUUGGAGUGCCUGUCUUAUUUUAUUUCUCAUUAAUUGAAUAGAAAACGAUAACAACGACGUCCAGUCAGAUACAACUUGACAACUUCUACAUUAUCUCUAGCCUACGGUGUAUCCGUUUUACGUUUUGGGUAAAUUAACUCCAAUUUAUUCAAAUUUCUGAGGCGUGCGUGAAUGUAAAUUUUCAUUUGGCGCUUUAUAUUAAAAUGUUCCAUGGCGGUCUUUGUGCAAUAAAAUAUACCCUGACUAUAUAUAUAUAUAUAUAUAUAUAUAUAUAUAUAUAUAUAUAUAUAUAUAUAUAUAUAUAUAUAUAUAUAUAUAUAUAUAUAUAUAUAUAUAUAUAUAUAUAUAUAUAUAUAUAUAUAUAUAUACCCAACCAUUGAAACACAUGUUCGAACGGACUAAAAAGUUCUUGUCAUUCGUACAAACUGUUUAUAGGCUGUUGAAGGCUUGAAACUUGUCAAGAUAUCCAAUUUCCGAAGUCGAAGACAAAGUCGAUUUCACACUAAAUGUAGCGGGCAUAAAAGCUAAGCUUUUAUAAGCUUUAUCGCAAGUCGGCUCGAAUCCUAGUUGGUUCACGACAUUUAUCAAUAGCGCCUAAUGCUGUUUCGUGCACGUUGGUUAUCGUAUUGUCUAGGCUUUAGUUCACAUAUUAAACCGUUCUUUGAAGCUUCUGCGUUUCACCGUUUGUUUACCAACGCCAGGCGGGUGAAAUGGAGAAGGAAAGGUCGUCUAACUCCUUAGUCCUUACGUACAGCGUCCUUGCUGUCCAAGAAAUUAAUAUCGCUUUUAUUCGACGGGACUUUGAAGUAAAGAACACAUUUGUAUUGCACAAUGCUCGCCAUGGAACAUUUUAAUGCCUUUAAUAAGCGCCAAAUGAAAAUUUACAUUCACGCACGCUUCAGAAAUUUGAAUAAAUUGAAGUGAAUUUACCCAAAACGUAAAACGGAUAUGACGUAGCCGGGCAAGCUUUUCUUCGUUUAUUCGUAGACCCCUCACGAAACGUGUUUCUGCUGGGGUCUACACCGUACGUAGGCUACAUUAUCUCCAACUCAGCAACAACAGCCACCAACUGUUACAGAGGCUGCAUUGUCGUUCCUAUCGGCCACAAGGAAACCAAUAUCUGAGGCUCAAGAACGUUGUUUGAGCCUGCAAGAACAACAACAUCACGCGGAGAUGGAAUUGUUGGCUAUUAAAGAAAACAAUUGCUCACUGAACACAAAAGAAAGAUUGAAGUGCUUGACGCUGAGUUAGAGCCGGUAUUAGAAUUCAAUGAGCAAAAGCAUAAAACUCAAUGCAGAAGAACAACAGAGACCAUUCACCGGUGCUAGAAUGCACAAACACAAACAAUAAUUGAAGUGAAUGAUGUUAAACGCAAAACGGCAUAAUAUUACGAAAAUAUAAUUACAUAUGUAAAGUGUGUUAGAUAAUACGUGACAACUCAAGUUUUCAAACAUAUACAGUAUAAUAUACAUUUUUCUUGAAACAUUGAUUUGAAUCCUUUACCAAAUAUAUCAGACCAGUGGUUUACAUGAAAUGUUGUACUACUCAAGGCGUCACACAGUGACGCAACAAAACCUAAUCAUAAGAUAGCUGUAGCCACAAUAAUAGUGAGUGUUGUUUCCAGAUUUGUACGCAGACAACCAUGGAGAUAAUCUCUUUAAUAGUAGUCGAAUGUUCUCUCUACCGUAUUUCUAGUUCGUAUUUGAGACACAUUAUAUCUUCGCUCUGGCCGUGUUUGGGAAUUCAACAGUAUAGUGUCAUGAGAUAAGGCCAACAAGGAUAGCCACUGUCUCCCAGUAAAACGCCAUCGUUGUCGCCUGUUCAAACUAAUUCGCAUAUAAGCGACUGUUGUCAAAAAUUCUAGCAUCAUGAAGCUACCUGGCCAACGUGUCACAAUGUUUAUAUUUUCCAAAUUUGCUUCGCAAACAACUUGCACGUUAAUGCAAAAAUACCCUUUUCUAUUUCGAUACAGUUCUGCAUUCUGGGCCCCCUAGAAAUGAUACUUUAACGUGGGUACAGUCUAUUGCCCCAACCAUGCAUUGGGGAAUCCACCAAUGCGCCAGUAAUAAUUAAGCUUACUUUGAUGUGGUGUAUUCUUAUCAGAAAAUUUGAUUUAAUUAUUCUUUAGUCGACCAAUAGCUUCCGACACAUGUUUUAUAAUUCGACUUACUGAUGGCUGCGAUAUUUGAUAUAAGUCUCCACAUGCUAAAUGGAACGAACCAGUAGCAUAAAAUCGGAGAGUAGUCAGCAGUUGGAUAUGAGCGGGAGUAUAUAUAGGUCUUCCCCUAUCGUUAUGUGCACGAAUAUCUGGUCUGAUAAUGACCAGCAACUCCUGAAAAGCUUCCUUUGUUAACCUAUAUCUGCUCUUAAAUUGUUGGUCAUCAUGUAUACUUCUCUAUAUCGAAAUUAUAUGCCUUCCGUCUAUUUCUGUUAUUGAAUAUAAUAUUCUCUACAGCAUUCAGUCUAUUUAGCUAUCUAUCGGCCAUAUUUUUCUGAAGUAAAUACUUGUGAGUGCAGGUCAACUCACACUUCACUCCACAUGUCAGCUUUCUUCGAGGCCAGGGUGAGUGAUGUUUUUGAAUGACUGGAGUGUGAGUGUAACAAUCUGCUCAGUGAGUUCGAGGGGGAACUCAUUGAGUGGUAAGUUGCACUCAUUGAGAAUGAGCGUCCACACGUUAAUUGUGAGUAUGAGUGAGCUUUUAGAAUACAGGUGUCAUUCAUGCACACUCAAUCGCCCGAGUUCUAAAAGCUCACUCACACUACUCAAUGAGUGGAGGUUCAGUCUGAGCUUCUCUUGAGUGUCAAUGCUGUUUUUGAAUAGCUGGAGGGCGAGUAUAGUUACAUAGUAUAUAAGGUAUGACACUAGCCCUCCAGCUAUUCAAAAACAGCAAUGACACUCGAGAGAAGCUCAGGUUGAACCGGCUUCCACUCAUUGAGUGUGAGUGUGAGUAAGUUUAUUUUAGAUAAGUGCAACUCAACAUGCAAUGAGUGCAACUCAACAUGCAAUGAGUUUCCACUCAUCCUAAGUAUAACGCCCGUAUGCAUACCCGAGGUAAUUGCAUACUCAAGAACGAAUACAUUGGAUUUCGUCCAUGAUAUUUGCUGUGAAGAACUAGACUUGGUUCUCUUGUGUUGUGGGUACAACUGAUACGUAUGUGUAAAUGCUAUGAUUCCAAAACAUGGGAACCCACUGACAACACGAAUAAGAAAAGACAAGUGCUACUCAGAUAAGUCGCACUCGAGUGAGCUCUAUGAAUAAAUUAAAAUCAACAAGAGUUUUUAGAGAAUGAGUGCUUCCCCAGAAUACAGGCGUUAGACCUUCAGAAAGCCCGAAAAUGCAACUAAAAUUUGGCAUUCUUAACUUGCAUGCUUUCCCUUUUAACUUUCACGUUUGCCUGUCAAUGCUGUUAUAAAUAAUAAUAUACCUGAAAAUCAGCCUAAAUUAUCUAGACGUUUACCUGAAAUUACUCAUGAACAAAUAUUUGGGCGGGGGUGUUGCACCCUAUACACCCCCGCUCGCAACGUCGAUCGUCCCUGAAUACUGGAACCGAAGACCCAAGAUGAGCAUAUAACUUCCUUUCCUUUGCAAAGUUUUGCUUCAAUGUUAUUCUACUAGGUCAGUAAUCAUAGGCGUACGAGAUAGGGGGCAACUGCAUGCUCCCCCCUCAAAUUUUGGAAAAUAAUUUUUCUGUAGACAUAAUUUUAUUGUAGACUAUUCACUGAAGUGUACCCCGAGUGUCGAGAGAAAUACAGAUGCUUUAUCAUGGAUAAAAGCGGUUUCCUCAUAAUGCACAACAGUUUUACUGACUUCGAGACAGUUUCAGACUUGAAAAAAUUGGCUGAAAAUAUUGGAAAUACUCAUAUAACAAUGAAAGAGAAAUCUGUGGCGGAGGACAUGAUUAAAAAGAAAAUUUUGUAUCGAAAGAAAUGCAAAGAUUUCAAGAACAUUACAAAUAAUAUUUUUUAUGAAGUGAAAGUAAGCGGAAAUCUUCUUAUCACAAAAAACUGUCCAAAAUACCAAAUUGCGCCACUUAAAGGAACAACAGCGUAUUUAG